UCGAUAGCACGUGCUCGGAGUGAUUUGCUGUUGAAUAAUGCACAUCGUGAUUUUUUUGAAAUAGUGCAACAAAAUGUUUAAAUUAAUAUAUUUUUUUAUGAUUGAAUUGGCACUCGCGGAUCUUUAUAUGAAUCGAGUAAAUCACAUAGAAUAUUAUAGGAAUAGGACGCGACCAUCAAAAGCUUUUAACAGUUUUUCGACUAGUUAUUUCAACAAUAAUUAUGUGUCGAGGCCUGGAAAGGAAAAAGUGCAGUGCGGUACUAGGACAGUGGACUUUAAUUUACGAAGAGGCAAGAUUGUUGGGGGUAGUGAAGCUCCUUAUGGCGCUUUUCCUUGGCAGGUUGAAAUCCAGAUGUUAGAUCCAGACAAGUUAGUGUUCGGACAUCAUUGUGGGGGCGCUGUCAUCGCGGAGCGUUUGGUUUUGUCUGCAGCACAUUGUUUUGAUAAGCAUCCUCUCCAACUAGAACACAUACGUAUAGUGGUCGGUGAGCAUCGUUUGAAGGUCCAGGAUAAGCAUGAGAACAGAUACCUGGCGGAGAAGGUGGUUCCGCACCCGGAGUUUCGGAAGAACGGUCCGCACAGCAACGACAUAGCAUUACUCCUAGUGGCGCGCUCUAGCGGGGUGCAGUUCAACACGCAUGUGCGUCCCAUUUGCUUGCCCAGCGGUACCGAAACCACGGGGCAGUGGUGCGCUGUGAGCGGCUGGGGGCAUCAGGGAGAAACUAAUGACAACUUUGCACCAGUUUUGAGGGCUGCAGCGGUUCCCAUACUUGAUCUGGCUACGUGUAGAAAAGAUCAGGUCCUGGGUGGCAGACAGCAAGCCAUUCUGGACUCUAUGUUGUGCGCUGGCGUACUUUCCGGUGGCGUGGACGCUUGCCACGGGGACUCCGGGGGCCCUCUCGCCUGUAUAGCGGACAAUAAGUGGCACAUAUACGGGGUUGUGUCCUGGGGUUCGGGGUGUGCGAGACGAGCGAGGCCGGGGGUGUAUACUAGAGUUGUUUCAUAUUUACCCUGGAUUAGGAGUACUGCGGCUAGCAUGGGGCAUAGGAUUUAAGAUAUUUUAGGAACUAGGGUACAUUGGAUAACAUGGGAUUUAAGAUUGGGUACAUUUUGUAAUUUGUUUUCAUGCGAUGUCGGUUGAUAUCUUAUGGAUAUGGAUAUAAUAGUACUGUUUAUGAGGCAAUGUUAAGAUGUUUUAGGGUACAUUUUGUAACUUUUCUGGCAAUGUCUGUUCAUAUCUUAUCGAUGUACUUUGUUUAUGAGGCAAUGUUAAGAUGUUUUAGGGUACAUUUUGUAAU